ACAAUUACAUAAGUAAACCGUUUGUUCAUGUAUCUCAUACAUAUUUCUUACGUACAAAUACGAUGUUCAUUACGAAAAAAGGGUGUAAGUGUUUAAGUGUUUAAGUGUUUUUCUUUUAACAAUGAUUUUUAAAACAUACGCAAAAUGUCUCAAGAUCAAUCUGAUAAUCUGAUGCAAGAGAAUAGUGAGGAGCAAAAUUUACAGGAAUUAUUUACCUCCAAUGACAUUUUGGAUAAUAUCCAAAUAUAUGAUUCCACUGUCGAAGUAAUUGGCUAUAUUGAUGGGCUUGAUUCACCUCGUAUUGUUGGAAGCAACCAACAAUAUAAAAUUUUUAAAUUUUAUUUAAAUAAUGGAAGCGGAAGGCGUAUUCAAAUUGUUGUUUGGAACGACGAUAUUGAAAAUAUUUUACCGUAUAUAAUUCCAAAUAAAAUUAUUCAUUUGGAUGGUGUGCAAGCAAGAAUUCCUAAAAUAUCCAAUUUUAUUAACGGAAAUGUGCAAUACGACCUUUUGAUUAGAAGUAAUACUGUCAUAUCAAAUUUAGGCGACUACGAGCCAAAUCAAAUAUUAAGUACACCUAUUAGAAUCAAAAUAAAUGAAAUUUUAAAUGUUUCAGGAAAUAUUAUAGUAGAAGGAUACAUCAAAUCGAAUUUUGGAGAAGUUCAUGAUAAUAAAUUAAAUAAAUUAAUUGGAUAUGGAUCAAUUACAGAUGGUACUUACAAAUUAGAAAUACAUAUAGUAAAUUUUUAUAUUGAUGAAUAUUGUGCAAUGGGUAUAUCUAAAGGCGAUAAAAUUGAAAUUACAGGUACAAUGCAAACAAGUAAUAUAUAUGUUUAUACUUUUAUAAUAAAAAUUAGA